UCAGACUCCAGGCAUCUGUAGCUGUUGGAUAGUACUUCAGAGUGAUUUAGCACCGGAGGGCUCAGGUGGGGGUUUGGAACAUCAUGGGCAUCAAAUUCUUGGAAGUGAUAAAGCCGUUCUGUGCAAUUUUGCCAGAAAUCCAGAAACCCGAAAGAAAGAUCCAGUUCAAGGAGAAGGUUCUAUGGACAGCCAUCACUCUCUUCAUCUUCCUGGUUUGCUGCCAGAUCCCCCUCUUUGGCAUCAUGUCCUCAGACUCUGCAGAUCCCUUCUACUGGAUGAGAGUGAUUCUGGCCUCAAAUCGAGGUACAUUGAUGGAGCUGGGCAUCUCCCCUAUUGUCACCUCGGGCCUCAUCAUGCAGCUCCUUGCUGGAGCUAAAGUCAUCGAAGUUGGGGACACGCCCAAAGACAGAGCCCUCUUCAAUGGAGCACAGAAAUUGUUUGGGAUAAUCAUCACCAUCGGGCAAGCUAUUGUGUACGUGAUGACCGGCAUGUAUGGCGACCCCUCGGAGAUGGGAGCUGGUAUCUGUCUGCUCAUCAUCAUCCAGCUGUUUGUGGCCGGUCUCAUUGUGCUGCUCCUGGAUGAGUUGCUCCAAAAAGGCUACGGUCUGGGCUCGGGUAUCUCGCUCUUCAUUGCCACCAACAUCUGCGAGACCAUUGUCUGGAAGGCUUUCAGCCCCACCACUGUCAACACUGGCAGAGGCACAGAGUUUGAGGGAGCAAUCAUCGCUCUUUUCCAUCUGCUGGCGACAAGGACGGACAAAGUGCGUGCUCUAAGAGAGGCCUUCUACAGACAAAACCUGCCCAACCUCUUGAACCUCAUUGCCACUGUGUUUGUUUUUGCAGUCGUCAUAUAUUUUCAGGGAUUCAGAGUGGAUCUGCCCAUCAAGUCUGCUCGCUACCGUGGCCAGUACAACACCUACCCCAUCAAACUCUUCUACACCUCCAACAUUCCCAUCAUCCUGCAGUCUGCCUUGGUUUCCAACUUGUACGUCAUCUCCCAGAUGCUUUCCACGCGCUUCAGCGGGAAUUUCUUGGUCAAUCUGCUCGGAACUUGGUCUGAUGCUACAACCGGCGGUCCAGCCCGGGCGUAUCCUGUCGGUGGGCUCUGUUACUACUUUUCCCCGCCUGAGUCAUUUGGAUCAGUCGUGGAGGAUCCAGUCCACGCGCUCAUUUACAUUGCCUUCAUGCUUGGAUCGUGUGCCUUCUUCUCCAAAAGCUGGAUUGAAGUCUCAGGCUCCUCCGCGAAAGACGUGGCAAAACAGCUGAAAGAGCAGCAGAUGGUGAUGAGGGGACACAGAGAGACCUCAAUGGUGCACGAACUGAACAGGUACAUACCCACUGCGGCUGCGUUUGGCGGGCUGUGUAUCGGCGGUCUGUCUGUCACGGCCGACUUCCUCGGCGCGAUCGGCUCAGGCACAGGAAUCCUGCUGGCCGUCACGAUCAUCUAUCAGUACUUUGAGAUCUUUGUGAAAGAGCAGAGCGAAGUAGGAAGCCUGGGAGGAUUUUUCUUCUGA